GUCUGUAUUUCCCCUGACGUGGGUGUGCCCCAGUGAUGUCUUAGAGCAGGAAUUCCCUGUUUAUAAACCGAUUAGUGGAGAGGAAUUACUUGUGGCUCUAUUAGUGUUUGAGGAACUCUGUUAGAAUCAACACAGCUGAACUCACUCAGAUAAAAACCAGCACCUCCAGCACUUUCCACCUUACCGGCAAACAUGACUGAAGACAGGAACGAAAUCUUUAAUCUCGAAGAUAUGAAGACGAUCAGUGUAUACACGGGUAACGUGGUGAGGUGGUGUGGUUCAAUGAAGAAGUGCCCAACGUCAACAGCUCAGGAGGUCCUGGAUUGCCUCAAGGCUGCUCUGUGUGAGUGGGGUUCAAAGUACAACUCCGAUCAAAUGGAAGGGAAGAUCCCCGAGGGGUUACCUGAGCACCUGGUCUGUGAUCUGAUUCAACCGACAGAGAGGAUUGACCCUGAUGAGAGAGAGGAUAUCCGGAUAUCAGCCAAACUGUUCAUCUGUCAACCUGACAUAAGGAUUGUUAAAGAGGCGGUGACAUGUGCCUGCUCGGAGCUUGGGGUCAGUCAACUGGAUUCGGUCAUCCUCUCAGUUGUGGCCCUAUCGGAAGAGAACCGGCCAACUCGGGAGGACCUGAUGCCUUACUGGAAGGAACUGGAGGUCUUGGUCCAAGGGCAGAAGGUCGCGUCCAUCGGAGUCUCAGACUUGGACCGGGAAGUGCUGGAGGCCUUGUGCCAACACGCUCAGGUACAACCCAGCAGUAAUCAGGUGAACCUGGUCUCUUGCUGUGUAAUACCACCUGACCUGGCUGCCUUCGCCAAAGACAACAAUAUCCAACUGCUGACCCAUAACGACCCCGCAGAUAUCCUCCCGGUGGGAUCUUUCCAACAAGCCCUGCGUACCAGUCUGCAGGACCCUCGUGCCAAUGAGUGGGUACCACAUUGGAUCCUCCGGUACUCAGCGGUCAUAAAGGAGAGAGGAAUCAUCAAGUCAAAGGGUUACAUGGUCCAUGCUGAGAAACAAGCUGCAAGACCCCAAUGAAGUUGCCUUAAGGGCAGUUGGAUUUGACGCUGCCCCAGUCUGGUUCUGACUCACUCGCAUUCAGAAAGCUUGGUGCACAGGAAGACAGAGCCACCCCUGAGAAAGGACAUUUGUGAGAAAUGUCAUUCUCCCGUCUCUUUCUUUAAAACUUGGCGCUUUAUGUUUUCUUUCUCUGACCGUUUACAGUUACCGAAACUGCAUCUCAAAUUGUUUAUCGCAAAGGACGCGUCUACCUAAAGCUGGUUGCUACAACUCCAAUUGAGUAUCAUGUUGUUAAUCAGUCUCACUAGGUUGCCACGUUAUAAGAUAUUAAAGCAAU